GAAGAGCUGUGAGGUUUGGGGACAAGAAUCACCAGUAGCGACAGACUCUAUCUGGCCUCAGCCGCACCCUUCCCGAGCCCAAAGAAUCCUCAGCUGAUGCUUUUGAGAGCCGAUCGAGAGGUUCCCACCCUGCUUGUCCUGGUCAGGGAAAGACUGCAUCACUGGAGACCCUCUCUAGACAUCUUUCAUGAAUCUGCAUCAGCGAUUCAGCCGGACAAAUACAGGGCACCCAGAAGACGAUCAUGCACCCGGCAUCUAGUUAAGGACUCUCAGCUUUGAGCAACCUGAGGCGCUUGCAUCCUGAGCUGCAUCCUUAAGGCUAGUAAGGUCUUCCUCCACCACCUUCCCUUGGCCUCUGUCUUCGGGAUCAGAGACAUGUCUCUCCAGUCGAUUACUGGCCCAAGCUGGGAAGCAAGCGCAGCCCUCGAAGUUUCUAAUGGCCCGGAAAAUGUUUGGAGACUCCAGAAGCCCUAAGAGAGACCCGAGACUAAAGACGCCACAAUUCGACCUCAAAGGAUCAGAAAGCAGAAUCUUGUUGGUCUCAUUCGAACGCUAUGACUAAAAUAGUCGUGAGCCAGUUUCUCAGCAAGAAAAGCAGCCGGUCAACACACCAUUGUAGGAGGCGCGAGCUCAAAACUGCUCUCUGUCUAAGCGCUUAGGCUCGAGAUCCGAGCAAGGUCAAGAAUUGAUGCCUAGACGGUGGCUACACUAUACGCGCCCGCGCGCUGUCCAUUCCUCCGCUCCAGGAGGCUGAGGCCAUCUCUUCGUCGGUGCCUGGGUUCCCCCUCAGCCUUUCCCGCAGGAGGAGCUCGAUAAGCGCCCCCACAGACGGCAGUAGGUCCUGAAAACCUGAUGUGGGUGCGACAAUGCCACCCCAGGUCUCGGGGCACUCAGUUCCCAGGCAGCGGCCCCGCCCUUCUCUGUCGGUCCCGCCCCCGAAAGCAGUGAAUCCAACCCGCACUGAGGCCCGCACAUCGGCUGAAACGACCAUUGGGUAGCGGCUCAUGAAAGCGGAGCCACCUUUUUAUAGGGUGCGGAGGGGCCCGAGAGCCACCGAGUCCAGGGUCCUGGCAAAACAAGCUGCCGCUGCGUCUCGCGAGUACCAGCCGGGCGGGUAGCCCUGCACCCGCCAUCCCAUGCAUGGCCCGGGCGACACUCGACAUGAACACGGAGGGGCUCGGAACACGCGGCGGGGGCCACGUAGGGCAUGGACCACUCCCCUUCAGCGUCGAGUCACUGCUGGAGGCAGAGCGCGUACGGGGCUCCGAGCCUGGGGAGCUAGGGGAGGAGAGGCCGCAGGGUGCCUCGAAGCCCGGAGCAUGGCCCCCACCGGUCACGCACACGUGCCCCCCACGUGCCCCCAGCCCUCCACCCUGCACCCUCCGCAAACACAAAAACAACCGCAAGCCACGGACGCCCUUCACCACCGCGCAGCUGCUGGCGCUUGAGCGCAAGUUUCACCAGAAGCAGUACUUGUCCAUUGCUGAACGCGCCGAGUUCUCCAGCAGUUUGAGCCUCACUGAGACUCAAGUCAAGAUCUGGUUUCAGAACCGCCGAGCCAAGGCCAAGCGGCUGCAGGAGGCUGAGCUGGAGAAGCUGAAGCUGGCAGCCAAGCCACUACUGCCGGCGUUUGCCCUGCCGUUUCCGCUGGGCACUCAGCUGCACAGCUCCCCGGCCUCUUUCGGCGGCGGCGCGGUUCCUGGCGUCCUCGCCGGGCCGGUCGCGGCUUAUGGCAUGUACUACCUGUCUUAGCCCAUGGAACCAAGUUCUAGCCUCUGGGGUUCAGGCCUGCGCCACAGCUCCACCCGCCGCUGAUGCUCCUGGUAAUUUCUGACCUUUAGGUAUCCCUUUCAUUUUAGUUUUUCGUUUUUUACUGUUCAUACGAUAUUAUAUUUGAUGACUGGAACCUCUUUGCAGGCAUCUUACAAAUAUUUCAAACCUUCCUAAAAUCAUGUUCACACCAAUCUGUUUUCUGACAGUAAAGGGCUUCAUACAGUCCUUGAAAUGGAUAAAAGUAGAUCUUCCUACUUCGUACAAAGCAGCACCAAGGACUUUAGAGAGGCUCUUUUGAACUGGCAUAACAAUUCCAUAAAAAGAAAUAAAAAUAAAAAUGAUGUAGUAGGAUUGCUAGGAAGAAACUUAGAAAUUAUUAUCAUUCUAACUAAAUGUGGUACGUUUUACCCAUUGUUAUUUUUUUCGAUUAUACAACGUUAUUUUUUUAGCGUAUACACUGUUCAAGGAGCCGGAGGCAAACGCUGCAUCGGUGGGAGUGUGGGGAAGGUGAUAUGCCGCUGGCACCAAGCACCAAAAUAAGGGUGGUCCUGGGACAGUGCCUGCUGGGCUUCAAGAUUGGAGGGCUGUAGCUGUCACGCUGAAGGCAGCGGCCCGCAGGGACCAAGCCCUAGCCUCCUGGGUGCCGGACCAAUGAAGAGAAGAGACUGAGGGUUGAGAGCCUUACUGUGGGUGCAGUAGGAGGCGGGGCUUGAGAAGGUCCCAAAGGACUUGCUGUGAGUGCCAGAGGCCCCUGUAAUCCAGAUGCGCCUUAGAAAAGCGGUGGACUUGUUUAGGAAUCCAGACCCCUACCUUUAUUUGAGGAACAAAAAAAACAAAAAACAAAAAACAAAAACAAACAAACAAAAAAAACAUCUGCCCUGUCCUGUCCCAUCCUCCCUGUAGGAUUCUCAACCCUGUCAAGACAGACUGAGGCCCUUUGGGUACCUGUCAACGGCACUGGUAAAACCUGUGGCUGUUUCCACAGUAAGCUUCUGCCACAACCUCGAGAUUUAAGUCUGGAGUGUGCCGAGGGCUCACAAAGGUCCCCUGGAGUCUCAGCCCGGCCAAGGACAAGCCCCUUCUUCCAGAUGCUGCCUUGUAGCUGGAGAGGAAGAACUGGGCUGCAGAAAUGUGCUUGCUGUGUGUUCAGGGACCUCCCAGGGAUGGCCCUGGGUUAGGAUAUUCUGGUUGGGAGGAGGGGGAAGACUGGGCUGGCUGUGCUCAGCAGCCUAAGCCAGAACAACUGCUCCAGAAAAACCACUGUCCUGUGACCGUCACUGCUCCAUCUGCUCCAAAUAAAACAGAAGAGAUGAUAUUUCAUGGAACUGCCUAUUGAUACCCACCGACAUUCCUCAGCCCUGUGUCUCUUGGAAAAUGGAAAACAGAUAGGUUGUUGUUUUGUUUUGAGACAGAAUCUCACCAUGUGGCCUUAACUGGCCUGGGGCUUGCUAUUCUCCAAGGAUGGCCUUAGAUUCAGAAAGGUCCACUUGCCUCUGCCUCCCAAGUGUUGGGAUUAAAGGCGCACACCACCAUGCCCAGCUAUGUGAUUUUUUUUUAAGUCAAUUGGCUCAGCUUUAGGGGUGUCAGAUGCAGAGAGUAAAGAACAGUCGCAAGGGAGAGUGGCUGUGUCUCAAGUGCGUGUACAGAGAGAUCCCUCAGCCCCGGCUGUUUAAACUUCAGCCCAGUCCUACUGCUGCUCUCAAGAGGUCAGACCCUCUCCUGGUGUGCAAACGCCGAUGAGCAGAGAGCCUGGGGGAAGGGUCCUGAGAUUUCACCAGCAAGUCUGCUCCUUGGAAAGCAGACCUGGAACUACUUGUGUCGCCCAGGCUAGCUUUAGACUCAAAGCAAUCCUCUCUCACCCCACUGAGUCUUGGGAUGACAGACAUGAGCCACCACACCCAGGCAAGCAGCUUCAGGUCUGCCCUCAGAUCUGAGGUACUGAGUGGCACUGGGCACGGUCAUGUACAGCCACGGCCAGUGCAUGGACA